AUGGGCGCUUGCGGGUCCUGCCAGGCGGCGUCGGAAGCCGCUGCGAGCACGAAGGUGAUAAUGGAGGACGGGGAGCUCAAGGAAUUCGUCGGCCCCGCCAGGGCCGGUCUGGUUCUCGGCAAGGCGGCGGGGUACUUCGUCUGCAACAGCGAUGACAUGGAGUUCGACGACUAUGUGACGGCGGUGGGCGCCGACGAGGAGCUGCGGCCGGGGCAGCUGUACUUCGUCCUGCCGCGCUCCAUGCUGAAGCGGCGGCUCCAGCCGGAGGAGCUGGCCGCCCUCGCCGUCAAGGCGAGCUCCGCUCUGGUGCGGGGCGGCGCCGCCGGAUUCUGCGAAAGGAAGGCCAGCGGCGAGGAGUACGGUCGGAGAGUGGUGCCCGUGGGGGGCUUCUCGGUCGCCGGAACGGGAGCCCGGACAAAGCGGCGGCCGAAGAACGGCCGUCCCGGCGGCCGCCAGUUCUGCUCCAAGUUGACAGCCAUUCCAGAGUAG